AUUUUUUGUUGAUUGUGACAAAAAUACAUUUUACAAUAGUGGAUUUUCAAAUAGAAAAAAAAUGCCAACUUAUGAAUUAGCACUAAUUCUGCGGGCAAUGCCUAAACAAGAUCUAAAAACGACUCUUACGCGUGUUUCUCAUGCUAUAUUCAGCCGUGGUGGUAUUAUUAGAAACAUUGAAAAUUUAGGGUUUCGGGCUUUGCCAUAUAAAACUAGUGCACAUGGCUUAGUGCACCGAGAAGCUAAUUUUUUUGUUUUUAAAAUAGACACAGCAACUAAAGCUGUAGCAGAUCUCAAAGAAGAAUAUAGUAGAGAUGUUGAUAUUGUGCGACAACGAAUGUUUAAAACCCAAACUGAUUGUGAACAUUCAUGCACUUUAGAAGAGGAGAUGUUACCUCCAGCAUACCGAGAAGAAGUACAAAAGAUGAUAGAAAUUGGAAAAACGCAAGUAGAUCGCUUCAAAUAUAAAUUCAAAUAUAAUUCUGGUUUAGAUUAUUACCCUUUCCAGAAAUAAAUCAAUAUGUAUACAAGUGUUAUUAUAGGUUUAUAAAUAUA